GUCAAAGUUGAGCUAAACCCUACUUUUCUCUUUCACGUAAAACUUCAAUCUUUUGACAUUACGGCUAGAAAGUCUAAAAAGAGCAGCCAGAAACUAUCAGGUUAUUGGCCUAUAAAUACUUAUUUCGUUAGAGCACAAUAACAUCAAGCACGAAGGAAGAGAAGCAGCAUAACAAUAAUAAAGCAACACCGAGGAUGUCAUCAGAGUGCGGAUCAGGUAAGAGCUCAUGGCCCGAGCUUGUUGGAGUGAAAGGAGAGAUUGCCGCAGCAACAAUUGAAAAGGAGAAUCCUUUUGUUACUGCAACAAUUGUGCCGCCUGGUACAUCCGUCCUCACAGUUUUUCGCUGUGAUAAUGUUUACGUUUGGGUUGACAAGAAUGGCAUCGUUAUUAGGACCCCUGUAAUUGGGUAGAUUGACGGAAAGUUGUGAAACUCAUGGAUGAUUAUUUAGCAUGUUGUUAUAUUUGAAAUAAUCCACAUAAUUGGAGUUUAUAGUCUCCAUGUGU